UCUCCAGCUCAGAAAUGGCGCAGGACAGACUGAGCAGAAGGUUCCAGUAGCUCACCGUCAACCCUUCUUCCUCUCCUUCCGUCGACGGAAGCUGCUUCGGGAGAUCUCCAAUGGCAAAGCGUCUGAUUCCGACUCUCAACCGCAUCCUGGUUGAGAAAAUCGUGCCUCCGUCCAAGACCAACACCGGGAUCCUCCUCCCGGAGAAGACCUCCAAGCUGAACUCCGGGAAGGUCGUUGCUGUGGGUCCCGGAGCCCGGGACAGGGACGGGAAGCACAUCCCUGUCAGUGUCGAGGAAGGCGACACGGUCCUCUUGCCGGAGUAUGGAGGGACUGAAGUGAAGCUCGGCGACAAGGAGUAUCAUCUGUUCCGGGAUGAUGAUAUACUGGGGACUCUACAUGAUUAGCAUGCUCGAUUAUUCCCCCAUACGAGUUUAUCCAGAAGAGAUGUAUUAACAAUUGUCUCAUAUGGAGUUUGCUUCUGAAACAAAAUCUGCUGUUCGAUUAUGCUUGCGUUCCUGAAUUGUAGUGAGAUCGAUUCAUAAAGUCAUGUCCUUGUUUUGAUCGUGCGAAACAGAUGCACUGUUUUAUUUCUUUUUGGAAGCAGACUUCCUCUUGCAAUUAGAAUGGAUUUGAUUGCAUAAGUUCUCUUGA